AACUCAGCGUCGGGCGAAGUUUCGCGCCGCUCGGGUAUCUUUUCUACAGCAGAUAAUUAUCUCCUGUUGUUCUAUUUUAUAUUUGCGUUGGAGGCCUUUCUUUGCUAUGAGUGACAACUCUUCAUGUUAAUGGUGAUUGAUCUGAAUAAUUUAAAAUACAAAGUGUAUUUGAAUAUGUGAAUGUGGAUUUAUGUGUGUGUGUGUUUUCUCUUCUGCCCUCUCUUCACCACGCCACUCUGGGCAUUAACGUGAGAUUAUAGUCUAGAAAUCUGUUGCGCGUGUCUCUGACGUCAUCGCGUACUCAGGGCGUCGCAUCGUGAUCGUGUCUGCCCUUCACAUCCGUCCACAUCCUACGAGGCUCUGCUCCCAAUCGCAGCACGACGAUGGCCCUGCUCAAGUCUAACAAGGUGAUCUACUGUUUGGGGAACAUCUCCCCGGCCCUGGGAGUCCUGUCCACCCGCAACAGCUCAUGGUGGGGUGGAGUGCAGAUGGGUCCCCCUGAUCCCAUCCUAGGGGUGUCCGAGGCCUUCAAGAAGGACACCAACCCCAAGAAGAUGAACCUGGGAGUCGGAGCCUACAGGGAUGACAUGGGCAAGCCCUUUGUGCUCAGCUGCGUCCGCAAGGCAGAGGCUAUUAUCACAACCAAACAGAUGGAUAAGGAGUACCUCGGCAUUGGUGGUUUGGGAGAGUUUUCCAAGUCCUGCGCCCAACUUGCUCUCGGUGCUGAUAAUGAAGUCAUGAAGAGUGGGAGGUACAUCACUGUCCAGACCAUCUCAGGAACUGGAUCUCUGCGCAUUGGAGCCAACUUUUUGGCUCGAUUUCAUGGAGGUCCACGUGAUGUGUACCUGCCCAAGCCAUCCUGGGGAAACCACACACCCAUCUUCAGAGACGCUGGCAUGGAGCUCAAAGCAUACAAAUACUACGACCCGUCCACCUGCGGCUUUGACUUCAAAGGAGCUCUCGAUGACAUCUCUAAAAUCCCGGAGCAUAGUGUGAUCAUGCUGCAUGCUUGCGCCCACAACCCCACAGGUGUGGACCCUAAGCCGGAGCAGUGGAAGGAGAUUUCUGACAUUGUGAAGAAAAGAAACCUGCUGGUGUUUUUCGACAUGGCCUAUCAGGGCUUUGCAAGUGGAGACAUCGAUCGUGAUGCCUGGGCUGUGCGCUACUUCAUCGAGCAGGGACACAACAUCCUGCUGUCCCAGUCCUUCGCUAAAAAUAUGGGGCUCUAUGGUGAGCGUGUGGGCGGCUUCACUGUGGUGUGUAACGACGCAGAGGAGGCAAAGAGGGUGGAGUCUCAACUUAAGAUUCUCAUCAGGCCCAUUUACUCCAACCCACCAAUGAACGGCGCUAGAAUUGCAGCAACCAUUCUCAAUACACCAGAUCUGCGCUCACUGUGGCUGGAGGAGGUUCAUGGUAUGGCUAACCGCAUCAUUAAGAUGAGAGAACAGCUGGCGGCUGGUCUGAUAAAGGAGGGCUCCUCCAAAAACUGGCAGCACGUCAUCGACCAGAUCGGGAUGUUCUGCUUCACAGGCCUCAAACCCGAACAGGUUGAGCGCCUGACAAAGGAGUUUUCAGUGUACAUGACCAAGGAUGGCAGAAUUUCAAUGGCGGGUGUGACCUCUGGGAAUGUGGGCUACCUGGCACACGGGAUCCAUGCGGUCACCAAGUAGACUGGAUCCUGCUGACAGAGCUACAUAAUCAAAGCAGCAGUGUUACUGAGGAGCAUUGCACGUCAUUUAUUCUGUUUCCUCCAUUCCACCGUUUAGAAAAGAGCUCUAUGUUCAGUUAGACAUUUUCUUAAUUGGAUUUCAUCAUGAGUUCAACUUUUUAGGUUUCUGAGUCACAUUUCACUGAACAGACUCCCCAAAUUGUAAAAGACAGAAUUUCUCCCACUACUGACAGAUCAUCUUUGCUUAUUUAUGAUGUGGAAUCGCGUGUUGGCUGUGCAUUAACGUCCUCCUAAACCUGCAGUGGGCCCUCUCACUGUAAAACAUCCAGGAAUCAACAUGGCAGUAAGACUGUGCACAAGUUGAGAUGUCUUUUGCUAUGUGAAAGCCCGUUGAGAAUGUGAGUUCUUUUGUUUCUUAAAUAUAAUGGUGAAGUCGUAGCACUUAAAAAUUUGAAAGGCACCGUUAAAAGUUACAAGAUUAGACCGGCAUUCAAUCAGGGAAUCAAUUAACAUACAGGCUAACCUGCAGUUGUCCAUCUGAACUAACUAACCAUCCAGUAAUUUCCUCCUUAUCUUUGUUUGCGACGUCCCAAUCGUUUUCCCUUGUAUUCGCAACUUUUUUCAGUGGGAUCUUGAACCAUCUGUGGUUUUUAAUCUAGUUGGUGGCAGGGCAGCGGUCCUUUUUUAAUGCCUGAUACACACAAGCCAAACACUGUUAAACUUAAGCGGCUUUGAAUGAAUUCCACCAGAACCCUAAACUCAAAGUCCGAUUUUUAUUUAUUUUUUCAAUAAAAGAAAAUACAAAUCAUGCAGUCUUUGUGAUUUAAUAUAAAUGAGUAGGGCAAGUGAUCAUGGUGAACUAAAGAAGAAAUAUGCACCUACUGCUCAGUCACACGUGUAUGUGUACAGUGUAUGAGUCUGUUCAUCAAGAAAUGUGGGGUUUGCCCCCAGCCUUCUCAUACUUCUGAAACCUCUGGCACUACGCCUCCAUGUUUUGCAUUCUGUCAUAAAAUAAUGGCUCAUUGGGCAUGUAUCUUAUUGAACAAACAAUAAAUGGUUAUAGAAGAA